GGGGGAAGGGAGUGUAACCAGGUCCCUAGCUGUUGGCAGUAAGUCAGGUUACAAAUUCUUCUCCCUUUCUUCUGUGGACAAACUGGAACAAAUCUAUGAAUGCACCGACACAGAAGAUGUAUGCAUCGUAGAGAGGCUGUUCUCCAGUAGCUUGGUGGCCAUAGUUAGCCUCAAAGCCCCGCGCAAGCUGAAAGUGUGCCACUUUAAGAAGGGGACUGAGAUUUGCAACUAUAGCUAUUCCAAUACAAUCUUGGCUGUCAAACUCAAUAGACAGAGGUUGAUAGUAUGCCUAGAAGAGUCUCUGUACAUACAUAACAUACGAGACAUGAAGGUGCUGCAUACAAUCAGGGAAACACCCCCCAAUCCUGCUGGGUUGUGCGCCUUGUCAAUAAACAAUGACAACUGCUAUCUGGCCUACCCAGGAAGUGCAACCAUCGGAGAGGUGCAAGUCUUUGACACCAUCAAUCUGAGGGCUGCUAAUAUGAUCCCAGCUCAUGAUAGUCCCUUGGCUGCAUUGGCUUUUGAUGCAAAUGGCACUAAGCUUGCCACGGCAUCAGAAAAGGGUACAGUGAUCCGAGUAUUUUCCAUUCCAGAGGGACAGAAACUCUUUGAAUUCCGAAGGGGAGUGAAGAGGUGUGUAAGCAUCUGCUCGUUGGCCUUCAGCAUGGAUGGUAUGUUCCUUUCUGCAUCCAGUAACACAGAGACAGUGCACAUCUUCAAACUCGAGACUGUGAAAGAAAAACCUCAGGAAGAGCCCACUACCUGGACAGGUUACUUUGGAAAAGUGCUGAUGGCCUCCACAAGCUAUCUGCCCUCUCAAGUCACUGAAAUGUUCAACCAGGGCAGAGCCUUUGCUACAGUCCGCCUGCCAUUCUGCGGACACAAAAACAUCUGUGCUCUCGCCACAAUCCAGAAGAUUCCCCGUUUACUGGUGGGAGCGUCUGAUGGGUACCUCUAUAUGUACAACCUAGAUCCCCAGGAAGGAGGAGAGUGCACACUAAUGAAACAGCACAAGCUGGAUGGCAGCAUGGAGCCAGCCAAUGAAAUUUUAGAGUCUGCAUCACAUGACCGGCCACUAGUAGCGCAAACAUAUAGUGCCGCUGUGACAAAAGGUACUUAUGUGCCUUCAUCACCCACAAGACAUGCCUAUACAGAUGAUCUGGGUGCAGUGGGUGGAGCUUGCCUGGAAGAUGAAACCAAUGCACUGCGAUUGGACGAAGACAGUGAGCAUCCCCCUAUGAUUCUGCGGACUGACUGAACUUUUGACCUGUGAACUCACUCCGAAAGCAGAGAAUACUGGGCUGAUGUUUCUUGAGGAAUCUCUCGUGUUACGCUGCUAUGAACUUUGGCAUGAGUUGGGAGAGAGGAUGAGACUCCAGAAACAAUUUUAAACAUUGUAACUGUAUUCCUAAUUCUAUACCAUUGGGGAAAAUACAUGGUUUUCAGUUCAGUGGCUUUUAAUCUUGCUUAUCUAUUUUAGCUGUGUGUGGUUUUUCGCUUUUUUGUUUUUUGGGAGGGCAGGGGGUUGGGAUUUUUUUGUUGUUGUUGUUGCCAAAACCUGCUGUUUGUGCAGCCCUUGGAACCUGCUAGCUUUGCAUGCAUUCAUGUGCCAAGCGAGCAUAGGAGAGAGAAGCCACUUUAUAACAAACUCAAGUUUGUAUUUUUUUAUAUAUGUAUAUAAUACUUAGCCUAUAUAAGGAAGGAGUAGAAAAGAGAGGUUCUGGAUGCUGAGGCUGGUUCUGCACUGACAAAGGUCCAAAUGGCUUCCUGUGCAUUGCCUCAUGACUGACAUGCAGCCUUUAAGAUGCAAUGUCCUGUUUUUGGGUUCCUCCUCCCCUUUCCUGAACCAUUUGGUUAAUUAAAAUUCCUUCUGAAUGUUG